AUGGACAAUACCGCCGUGGGAAAUCAAAAAAGUGCCUCAAAUUAUCGGCAGCCUUGCGAGCCGCCAAAGAAGAAGCUCUCGAAGAAGGAGAAGGCUCGCCUGGAGGCCGAGCAGGCCGAGCUCAUGCGGAUCGAAAUGGAAAAGGAGAAGCUGAAGAAGCUGGAGGAGGCCCGCCAGCGGAAGAAGCUCGAGAUGGAGCAGGCGAAGCACCGCCAGCAGCAGGAGGUGGCGGAGAACAGGCUGCGGAGGUCGCAGCUCAAGGACAGCAUGCUCUUCUUCGAGGCGGUGCGAACGGCGAUCGAGGCCAUCAAGGAUGGGGAGCGGCACGAGAAGGACUGGGAGAAGUUCAUGCGGUGCAACGGACUGCCGAAUGCGGCCAGUCCGAGCGACCUGCGCAAGUACAUCCACCAGUGGCACACGGACAUCGCCAAGAGGCACUUGGAGGCCCGCAACUGGCUCCUCCGCACCGACGAGCGCACCCUGCUCACCCAGGACGCCAACGUUCCGGACCUCACGAGGAUCUCCCUGCGCCAGCAGCAGGGACGCCUCGGCGACGUCUACUCCCAGAGGAUCAAGGAAGUCCUGGGGAUCCUCAACGAACUGGACGAAAUGCUGCCGUUCAAGCAAAGGUCCGUCCUUAUUGCCGCCGAUCUGGUGAAGCUAAAGACCGAGAUGAGGGUCUUCCUCAGGCAACAUCUGGAUGAGUUCACCUACAAGACCAUGUCGCACAUUGAGAGGGAUAUGGAAAUCGAUAGACCAGGUGUAUCGAAGCACAUCUAUAGCUCGGACGUAUUUCAGAGCUUCGUGUGGACCUUCUCCAAGGAUGCUCAAAUAGCCCUCAACCCAAAAGCGCGAAUCGGCGAGCAGUCCGCUCACAACGAGAUCGACUUCCCCACCAUCGAAAUGCAAAUCUCACUGCCACCCACCGUCCAUCUUCAGAGUUCGGCGCUGCGGGGUCUCUGGUUGAACUACGACCACUUCAGUGACUACUGCAGCAGCUACAGCUUGAAACACGCUCGAUCUGCAAAUGCCAACAUCCUGCGGCAGACGAAGCGGGAGUGGCGGAAGCGCAAGGAGAUCCUGCAGGCGAUGCUGGACGAGUGCGGGCGGGAGAUCCCGCUCUCGGAGCUGGAGCAGCUCACCCAGGAGCAGCACUCGGCCAGCUCGCAGCCGCCGAAGGAGCGCACCUACGACGUGGACAAGCUGUACGCGGAGUACGAGGACGAGCUGAACAGGGCGCACCGGCGGGCCAUUGGGCCGGAGGCCUACGGAAUGCUGGAGACGGACGUCAACCUGCGCAAGUACCGCAUCAUCGGCGGCGUCUACUGCAUCGACUUCCUCGAGACUCCGCAGCAGGACAAGCAGCUCAACGCGAGGUCCUUCAUUCGCACCAUCACUUCGGCCAACAGUCUGGUGCACAAGGAGUACUACCAGACGUACAAGCCACCGCCUCCAGUUUUGCCGGGAGUGCGACGAUUGCCGGAGGAGAUUGAGGCCGAGAUGCGGUGGAUUGAAGCGGCGCUGGACAAGCUCGCAUUGGUCACCCUGCAAUUGCCGGACUCGGUGAUAUGGUUCGAGCCACCUGUAGCCUGUCGCUGGGAGACGAAUGUGGAGACCCUGGAAAUGGAGCUGGCCGAUGGAGUGCAGCCGGAGGUGAAGAAACCACCCGAGGAGACCGAUGCGGAGGUGGAUGCAACGGGGGCGGUGAGCGGAACGGCGGCGGCCACCACGGCCACGCCCACCGAGGCCACGCCCCUUUCGACGCACGCCCAGCCGAGUCCGCUGAAGAGCUCCCCGCGCUGUCCCGCUCGCAUGAGAUCCCAGAAGUCGGACACCGCCGGGGACUCCCGCCAGCAGGUGCUCCGCGAGAUCAACGACUUCGACCUGCGGGCCAUUCCCAGCGACGUGGAUCUCUACGGACUGGUCAAGGACUUCGUGGUGCCCCGCCUGCCGCAAGGAUUCUGCGUUCGCCUGGAGCAGUCCACUCCGGUUUUAUCCACGGGCCAGCGGCAGCGAAAGGUGAUGUUUCUGGCCCGACAAACCCACGUCCCAUUGGGUCGGGCAGCGGGCUUCGGUGCCGAGGACCAGCUGGUGAUUCCCAAGGAGCUGCAGAAGCUGAGGGUGAAUCCGAAAACAGGAUUGGGCGCCGAGUUCCUGGACACCGACGAGCCCGCCGAGCUGUUUCCGCCCCUCUGCUUCGACAAGCUCCUCAAGUUCCGGCAAAUGGCGCCUCGAUCCGGACCUCCUGUCCACCACCACCAGGGCUACCUGUUCUCGCAGCUGAUCGAGGACAUGGAUCGCCUGUGGCGACUGCAGCUGCCCAGGGACCAGCAGGAGGAGCUCAUCCAGCAGAUCUCCGAGCAGCUCUCGCCCGCUGGCUCGCCCUCGAGUGAGGCAGUCGAUAAAGAGCCCAGAGAGGCGGAAAACGGCGGCGAUCAAUCGGACGGCAUGCAGCCACUGAGCCAGGAGCUGGUGGAUGUCCUGCAGCCAGCGGCCGCAGCCGCCGCCUUCGCCUACUACACGGGCAUAUCCUUCGUGCGGGACUCGCAGCUGCCACCGGAACCGGAACCGGAGGCCUCGGCCAAGCGGUCCAACAGCAUGGAGAGCAGCGAGGACGAGGACGAUGACGUGGACAGCCUGGUGGAGCUGCUCGAGGGAGCCUCCACGGCGGGGAACACCCUGCACGACCUCUUGGGUCCACCGACGAACACCGAGAGUAGCGACAGCGAAAGCAGGCAGAGGAAGAGCAAUGCGGCAGCCAUAACUCAGGGAAAGUGGAGCACCCGCGAUGUCCACGACACCAAGUUCAACGAGGACAAGCUAUCCAUACAAUUUCGAACGGGGAGAUUGGGUAUAUUUGGCUUUGCCUUGAACAAAUACAGCAACAUGCCCUACCAAACCUGGGACCUUCGGCCGGACAUGAAAAAUCCCGGCACCAUCAUCUUCAGCUUCACCGCUUCGCUGAUCAGCUUGGACAUGACCAUCACCGAAUCGGGUUACACUGUGAACAAUUUCCAGGGUGGCAGCACCCAGGGAAUCACCGAGAUGAUUGGGAAGACGCUUUCGCUGGCGGAGUUGAAGGCCACGCUGAUCCUGUCCGCAGUGGAUAUCUUCCCGGACGAGGACGCCUUCUGCUACACGGAGGGCUCCUGCGAGAAGAACUACGUGAUGGAGAUGCACUGCUACGCCUGCCUAUCCACCUUGGCUCAGUCGCACAACUUCAGCUGGUCGCGGUGGAACCUCCUGGCCGGGUCCCGAACCGCAGUGCUGCUCGUCCGCGAGCUGAUCGAGGGCAAGAAGGUGCCGUACUACUCCACCCUGCUGGUCACCCCGCUGAAGACCUCGAUCAUCGACUGCACGGAGGUCUCGGCCAGCUUCAACGCCGUCGGCAUCCCGGGAAUGGAGUACUACGCCGAUCUUUACCAGCUGUCGCAGGCCCACGCGCAGCCAGGAAGCCUCGAGAAGCAGAGGACGAUGAGUCCUGUUCUCAGGGACAACGUGGCCAAGAUUUUGAUGGCCAUUCGACCGCUGAGCUUGUGUUGA